GUUUACAAAUUUUCUCAAAUCAAAUUUGAUGGAAAUAAAAUUCAGUCUUUUAAGGACUGUCGUUUGAUAUAGUUGGGAGUUUUUUUUUUGUUUUUUAUACCAUUUUAUAAAUAUUUUUUAUAUUUUUUUUUUACAAUUUUUUAUACAUUUCGUUUUUCUAACAUUUUGGCAAAAUGGAUCAAGAAAACGACUACGGUGAAGAUUACGAAAAUACCGAAACAGAUUAUGUGCCACAUUUUGAAAUGCAGAAUACCGAUUUACACACGUCGAAUGACCCUCAGCAAGAUGGAAGGAAUCGAAGGUCUCGCACAUCAAGUCGGACUGUCAAACGAUCGUUCCGCAGCUCAAAGAUUACCACUGACGAUCUUAAUCGCACUAGUUUGCAUGUCAGAACCAGUGUUGAGUCAUUCAAUGAUGAAGAUUAUGAAUGUGAAGAUUUUUUGGACCUUGAUGAGACCUUGGUGCAGCUAGAACAUACUCUGCGACUGAGUUUUUUGGAUAAAUUUGCGGGUUUGCCAAAUAUCGAUGAAAUUUCUUCCGAGUCCACCGAAACUAUCAUCGAACAAGUGGAAGCGAAUACGGUUGAUAUGACAUUAUCUGGUAAAUUUGUGGAUCCACUAACCGGCUUAGACAUAUCAGAAUCAGAUAAUGAGGAUGAAUAUGACUUUGUGGAAAUCGAAGAGUCUUACGAAGAGGAAGACGAUGGUUACGAACUAUUUGAUAAUACCGAAGACAGUGAAUUACUACAACUGUUGGGACAUGAUGUUUCAGAAGAAACUGAAGAGGGGGAUAAUGCUCUACUCGAUUUGGAUUACAUACAGAAAAUUAUGCAAGCUGUAGACUUGCAAGAUAUCGAACAGCUUAUAGUGGACGAUACACGGCGGCAGUGCGAAGAUAUCGUAGCUGCUUUCAUUGAAGAUCUAUUUCAAAUAGUUAACAAAGCAACUCAGUAUAAGGAUCCGCAAGAAAUUUUGCGUAAGUCCGUGGACAAGCGAAAGUUAAUGGAUGAAAUUAAUGAAAAAGUUCGAACACUCGAAAAGGAGCAGGGCGUGCGUAUGUAUCUUAAUCGAAAAGUCGUCGAUCAUCAUAAGCGUAAACAUAUGUAUCGCGCAAUAACAGAGGAUUCGGCCGAAAAUUUAGAAUUUUUAAUGGCAAAAUAUCAGUCUUUAUUGCAAAAAUACAACGAAGUAUUGGGCAAAGAAGAGGAAAUUGAGCAUGUGACCAAAAUAAAAAUUGACAAAUUGCAUGAGGCAUUGGAUGAAAAACAGUGCCAAGUGGAUGAGAAGCUUAGCGAAUUUGAGGCGCUGGCCUAUCGCGUGAUCCUACAAAAAACAAGAAGAGACAUGGACGAGGGUAAUAUUGAUUUAAGUCUUUUCGAUAACUCGGAAAAUGCGGAACGCUUCAGAAUCAUAUCAAUAUUUUUGAAGAAAAUGGCAUUGGCGCGAAAGGAAUUAUCUAAAUCACGACUUAUCUUAAUUAAAAAGCAACAUUUAUUCACUGAGCUGCAAAAACGCCUUAAUCAAAUACAAAACAUCGGCAAUGGCCUAAAAUUAUUUCAAUUUGAGAACCUGCAAAACGAUGUCAUACAACUGUUCAAGAAAAAUGAUGAACGCGACUCGGAGUUAACUAAAGCCCGCACUCAGCAACUAUUCGACGUUCACAUUAGCACGCAUCUAAGAGAGCGCAUACUUAUGCUGCGCAAUAGAUUGAGCGUACAGAAGUUGACCUUUCGAGAAUUAUUAAGACAAUCGCAAAUUACCCGUCGCAAUCUAUAUAAACAGAAGCAGAUACGCGCACAAAUCCGUAAAGAAAUCAAAGAUUACACCUUUCAAGGUGGCAUAUUGUCGAAGCCCUCACUGAUGCUUGAUUAUGAUCAAACUGUGGAGGAGAUAGAUCAGAAGAGGGUGACCGUUGAAGCUUUACGUAGUCAAUAUAAGAAAAUAGUCGACAAAAUUGCAUAUUAUGAGCAAAUGCUAAAUAAAAAAUCUUCAAAUAAAUAUGUUUUAGAAAAGUGAAAAA